AUAUCAAGUAUCAAUGUAACUAGUUUUCGCUGAAUUACUACCUCUUACUCCUUGAUACCAUCAGAGUAUAUAUACUCUGGUGUUAUCAAAGAGUAAUUGAGUAGUGUUUUGAAGAAUUGUUUUUCUUUUUUAAUACCACUAGAGUGUGCCAAUAUCAAUUUAGCUAGUUUUCACUAAAUCACUACCUCUUCCUCUUUGAUACCACUAGAGUAUAUGUUUACUCUAAUGGUAUCAAGGAGUAAUUGAGUAGUGUUUUCAGUAAAGAACUGUUUUUUCUUCUUUGAUACCACCAGAGUAUAUUUAUACUCCAAUGGUAUCAAGUAUCAAUUUAGCUAGUUUUUUCAUUAAAUCACUAUCUCUUCCUACUUGAUGCCAUCAUAAUAUAUAUAUUCUGGUGGUAUCAAGGAGUAAUUGAGUAGUGUUUUCAGUGAAGAACUGACUUUUCUUCUUACAUACUCUGGUGGUAUCAAGUAUCAGUUUAGCUAGUUUUCACUGAAUCACUACCUCUUUCUCCUUGAUACCACCAGAGUAUAUAUAUACUCUAAUAGUAUCAAAGAGUAAUUGAGUAGUGUUUUCAGUGAAGACCUGUUUUUUCUUUUUUGAUACCACCAUACCUAAUUCAAACUUCUAGUUGGAUGAAACUAAAGUCUCGCCAUCGAUUAAUAAUUGAUUUUGUAAUAAAAUAUCCUGAGCAGCAUCGUAAUUUGUGUAUGAGGCUAUUGAGAUAAGGAGAUGACAUAUAGUGAAUAAAGAAGAAAGCAUGACAAACAUUGGUGUAAAAGAUAAAAACUAGGAAAGUAUAACAAAGCGCUUGAGAAACUUUGAGUAGUAGAAAAAAUUUAAUGCUUCUUGAUUUUCCUUUCCAUAUGUGCUUUCUUUUUUCUUUGUGCUGCACUAAAAUUGUAAUGUUAUCCAUCAAUGGAAUACACGUAGAAGGUAGCUUGGGGAAGAAGAAGAAGGUAGGAAAGGAGGCAAAAUUGGAGUGAAUAGUUUCACGUAGAAAGUAGCUUGGAGAAGAAGCCAACAAAUGAGACAAACUUGAAUCGCACACUCGUGACCCAUUUGAAAUGACCCUCCCAACAAAUACACAAACAUCUUUGUGUGCGCAUCUGAGUGUACCUUACGAAACUACAAGCCUCUUAUUGCCUUCUUCCUUCCUCCGAUCACCGAUCACCGAUCACCAAACAAACAACAUCUGCCCCAAACAGGACGCUUGAUUACCCGGAAGAGAGAUGGCUAUGGAGGGUGCAUCAUCUUUUCCGACUUGGGAAGAAAUUGAGCUUUCAGAAAGUUAUCUGGUGUGUUGUAUGUUCCAAGAAGCAGCAACUUUGUCUUCCUCAAUUAUUGAGCAAUUAAUUGAGAAAAAUGGUAAAACGAAUGAAGACAAUUGCGAAUUGGGUGAUAUGUUGGAAUCAGCUGCCAUGAUUUUGGUGCAGUCCUACAAAGAGCUGGGGAGGACAUCAGAAAUACUGAAGCAGCUGAAAAUGCUAUUUGGUUCAGUCACUGCUAUUCCUGCCCAAGUUUUCCUUACUGGGGUGUGUCUCCAGAUACCAGAUGGCCCUUCUGCUGAAGUUCAAGAAAUUCUAGAGGAAUUCCUUACGAAGUGGAGAUAUGUUGAUGGAAAGUAUUAUUCUGUUGCAAGCAUGGAAGAAUUUAGUAAUCAGAUUUCCCUUGGAGUUGAUAAGUACCUGGAAAUUAUUGAGCUCUAUGUGAUAACCUUUUUGGGGAGGAUUCUAGGAAAUUUGGAUCUUGCUAUCUCUUGGGUUGAGAAAUUCCCUCUACCUGAGGAGAAGAGGCAGGAUCUUUUGAGGCAGUUGCACUCCAUGAAUACUUUAAAGCUGGUCAGCUCUUCGCAGUCCUCAGCAUUACCGCUCCAAAUAGAUGAAUGCACAACUGAUUCCACUUCCCUGAUUGAAGAAAAAUCAUGCAAUGGAACAGCAAAUAUUUUGGAACACAGAGACCAGUCUAAGGGAGAGAACACCAUGAAACAAUCAAUUCUGGAGUUCUCUAGACGGAGAACUCCAUUGUGGUGGUUUCGUACAGUCACUUUGAAGUUUGGAAGUAGUCGCUUGGUCUUAUCAAAUGGAAGUAUCUUUCUUGGGUUUUUGGCGGCACUUGUUUACUAUACCGUGCGGAGAAAACAAGCCUCUUUAUGGAGUGUUCUUAAGAGACAAGCGUCAUCUAUGAAGAAGGCUUUGGUUGACUUCUGGCAACUUGCAUUCUCUUAUCAAGUGAACCCUCUUGCUGCUGUUCAACCACUCCCGCCUGCAACACGUGGAAGCCGGUGAUGCACAAUUUUGUUCCUCAUAGUUGCUCAAAACCAGAGCUGUUGUAGAUAAAUAAAAGAUCACUGAAGAUAUUGCUACUAUCAUCUUAAGUUGGAGUAGAACAUCCAGAAAUACAAUAAAGCUUACUUCAAGGUCGCAUUCUUUGCCAAUAGAGUGCUGCUUUCAUAACUUUGUCUUGCCUUUUCUCUAUGGCAUUAACUUAAUUCUCUUAGCAAAGAGGGGAUCUCAGAUUUCUCAACGUUAAAUUUUAUGCAGUGGUAGUGUGGUACCAUUCAUUUUAUGUCUAGUUUUUAACUAUAGAACUUCACUCCUUAGUUGUUUUUCGUUCAUAGAAUGAAAAUUUAAGCUGAAGAUUUUGAAUGUG